CGAAGAGGAGGAGGAGGAGGAGGAGGAGGAGGGCUUUAAGCCGGGGAUGAGGAGGCGCAGCGCCGCCAGGAGAGGCGGGAGAUGGAGCCGGCGGCGGCGGCCGAGGAGGAGGACGACUCCGCGGUGGGGUUGAAGUCGGCGGGCGACCCCGGGAUGGAGCUGAGCCAGGAGGCGGUGCUGGGCUUCUUGGCGGAGCGGGGCGGGCGGGCGCGCAACGCGGAGCUGCUGGAGCACUUCCGCGGCUGCCUCAACUCCCCGGAGCCCGCGCGCCGCGCCCAGGCCCGCCAGCGCUUUAAGGAGAUGGUCAACGCCGUGGCCGUGGUCAAGCAGGAGCCGCGCGACGGCGGCGCCAAGUACGUGCAGCUGAGGAAGAAGCACUGGAGGAGGAGCGGCGGGAGCGGCGCCAGCAGCAGCACCAGCAGCAGCAUCGCCCAGGGCGCCUCCGAGCCCGCCGGAGGAGGAGGCGAGAGAAGCAACAGGAGGAGCGCGGAGGAGGAGGAGGAGGAAGAAGAUGCUCCUGCGGGUGGAAGAGCAGGCCUGGAGCCCGAGGGGGGGAAGCCUGAGGAGGAGGAGCCGGGAGCCCCUUCUCGGCUCUCCUCCUCCUCCUCGUCGUCGUCUUCCUCGGGCCUGGCGCUCAAGAAGAGCCGCCGCCUGGGCAGCUCUCCUCAGAUGAAGCGCGGCGGGAGCGGGGUGUUUCCCCGCGCGGGCGAGUGGGAGGAGGAGGAGGAGAGCGGCUUGAGCGUGUCGGGCCCCUCGUCGGUGGCGCUGGACCCGGUGGAGCACGCGUGGAUGCUGCUGUGCGCCUCGUGGGAGGGCCGCUGGGAGAGCCUGGAGGCGGUGCUGAGCGGCGAGCCGGCGCUGCUGGGCCGGCGGGACUUCGUGACGGGCUUCAGCUGCCUCCACUGGGCCGCCAAGCACGGGCGGGCGGAGCUGCUGGCGCGGCUGGUGGGCUUCGCGCGGCGGCGCGGGCUGGCCGUGGACGUGAACGCGCGCACGGCCGGCGGCUACACGGCGCUCCACCUGGCCGCCAUGCACGGCCGCCUCGAGGUGGUCAAGCUCCUGGUGGGCGCCUACGACGCCGACGUCGAGCUGCGCGACUACAGCGGGAGGAAGGCCGCCCACUACCUCAGCGCCGGCGCUGCCGGCCUCCGCAGCCUCAUGGGCUCCCUCCACGACGGGGGAGGCGGAGAGGAAGGGGAAGCCGGGAGCGGGGCCGGCAGCCGAAGCGGAGCAGGAGGAGGGGGGCGGUGGCGGCUCUCCAAGGUGCUCCCCACUCACCUGCUCGCCCACCGGCCCACCCACCACGAGGACAGCGAGCUCACCGUCGCCUCCUUGCCCGCCGCCGCCGAAGGCGCCCUGCCCGCCGGGAAGCUCAGCAGGAAGAGCUCCAGCGGGAGGGCCAAGGCCCGGCUCCACAAGGUCCGCUUCCGCACCCAGAUCGUCCACACCACGCCGUCGUUCCGCGUGGAAGCCGAGGCGGAGGACAACGAGGAGGAGGGGGGAGGCGCCCCCGAAGAGAGGCCCCUCAAGGGCUCCUUCAAGCUCCGGCCCAAGUCCAACGUCUUCGGGUAGACUUUCUUUGGUCGUGUCAGGAGCCUCAAGUCGCUUCUGGUGUGAGGGAAUUGGCCGUCUGCAAGGACGUUGCCCAGGGGACGCCCGGAUGUUUUGAUGUUUUACCAUCCUUGUGGGAGGCUUCUCUCAUGUCCCCGCAUGGGGAGCUGGAGCUGAUAGAAGGAGCUCAUCUGCGCUCUCAGCGGAUUCAAACCGGCACAAGGGUUUAACCCACUGCGCCACCGGGUAGACUGAAGGAGCAGGAAUGGUGUGUUAUCCCCAAGGAGGUUCACCUGGCCACCCCUGAC